UAUUAUUCCACAGGAAGAAUACCUAUACUAAUGGAAGAGUUUUCGAUUCAUCCAUAAAAAUACAUCGAGAAACAUCGGAAGCGUUCGAUGCAUCGGGUAAAAUCGAUACAUCGAAUUCUAGAUCUCGAUGUUUCCGAUGCACCGAUGUAUAUCGAACAUCUCUAGCCUCUGUGCACCGUGUUUUGGUAGACGAUUUUGCAAAACUUGAUUUUGGCGAAAUGCAGCGCUAUUUCUGAAAAAUAGCAUGUCUCAAGAAAUUGAUGUGGAUGGUGGUAUAAAACCUCGUUUCGAUUACAAUAUGCCGUUAGAGUUAACUAGGAAGCCUCUGUCGAAUCCUGCGUCCCAACACACCUUUAGCUUGGAGGAAGAAGUAACCAGAGCUAUGAUUUCGGACGAUAUCAAAUACCCACGCAUGAUGGGAAUGUCCAAUCAGUAUGACAGUGGCCAAUGGGCGAUAUCAUCAGACCACUGCUAUGCUAGACCAUGGAACUGGAGACCAGAAGAAAACUUUUUAAGGCCCACCAAGACCUUGUUUAUACAUAAAGCUAUUGGAAAACGAUCAGUUAAUCCAUUGGCUCCAGUACAGGAUGUUGAGGAUAUUGUUGAUGUAGAAUCGGAGGGAAAGGCUGGUACCAUCUAUGAUCUGAAUAAAGCCAAGAGUUUGAUGGAUGAAUGUGAAAAGUAUGCAUUUAAUGCUAGGGUUGAUCAGGAUGAAGAUGAUUGGGAAGACAAAAUUUCAAAGGGUAGUUGGAGUCCAGCACAAUACAGAAUAUUCAGUGGUAUGGCAUCUAUUCUUAAUAACCUAAACCUUGCAAGAUUAGCGAAUAAAAAAGUUUCAAAUGAACCAGUAUUGAGACGCACAGCUGUGGACAAAGCUGUACAAAGAGUUAGAAGGCUCUUGGCAACAGUGUCAUGGGAUCCUAAGAUUACCCAAUGGCUUCAUCAGAUGUUGAUUGAUAACUUGGGACCCCAUUAUCUGACAUGUUACCUUGAUAUUUUACAGACUCUCAAAAGUAAACUACCCAACUUUGUAGACAAGAUGAUGUAUGGUCCCAAUAGCUCCCUUAGAAUGGGAGCCCUUAACAAUGUCAACCUUCAACCAUUGCUGGAACGCAGUUGGGACCCAGCCCAAGCAAUCUCCUCUGCAGUGUCUCAUAUAUCAGAUAGACCCAAGAAACUACCUGGCAGUCCGGUACUUAUUGUAAUUCCUUCAGCUCCAGUGCUCACUAAGAUGAGCCACAAAUGGAUCAAAUUAAUGGGGUACCUGGGCACUGUUGUGGCUGUACCCACCAAUUAUGCAUCGAUCCUGGGUCAGCGAGCCUCCUCAACCACCACAGCAGCCUGCCUGGAUCACAUGUACGCAGCGGUACGCGCGAAACUCGACGAAGCGCGCACCACCUUCCCGGGUCGCCCCGUCGUGCUGGUAGGCGUGCGUGCCGGCGCAUCUCUAGCGCUGCGAUUGGCCAAAGCGGAACCGGGCGUGGCCACGUGCGUCGUCGCAAUUGGCUUCUCGCUGCUCACGGCCGAAGGAAGGCGGGGCGAGCCGGAGGAUGAGAUGCUCGAGUUGCAUUCGCCCGUUUUGUUCGUCGUGGGGGAGAAGUCGGAUACAUCCACGCAAGAAGACCUAGAGGACCUAAGAGAAAGAAUGAGGGUGGAGACAGGCCUUAUAGUUGUUGGAUCUGCAGAUGAUUAUUUGAGAAUUAGUAAGAAAAAGAAGAAAGCAGAAGGUGUCACACAAAGCAUUGUUGACAAAUGUAUUGUUGAGGAGAUCGGCGAAUUCUGCAGCGGCCUGAUCAUGUCCCCGUUCCCACCCACCCUGCGACAAUCCCCUCCCACAGCUUCCGUUGUCCACCACCCUGCCGACGCCAAUAUUCCCAUGCGCAAAGGUAAACCCCCCAUCAUAUCCCAUUCUACCCCCACUAGUUCGCAAGCGCCCGCCUCUUCGUCUUCGACGUCCACGUCGUCGUCGCCAACGGGCGGUCUACCACCGGGCUCGCCAUUGGACGACAGCUCGGGGGGCGGAGAUCGGGCGACUCCGCCCCCUUCGGCAGGACAGGCGGUAGGACGGUCGCCGACGAACAAAAAAUCGCCGAGCACGAUGCUUGGCCGUCCACCCGGAGCUCGCACCAUGAAACCCCGCGUCCCACCACCAGGUAGUCUGGAAGCCAAAUGGGCCCAACACCAACAACAACUUGCCCAAGGUAACACCCCCUCUUCCACGCCCACCCCUCCUACACACCCCCGUCCUCCCUCCCGCCAACCCUCUUCCCCUAGUCCCAGCCCCCCGCCCCAACAAGCAACCCCUGAACGACGUGCUGUGCGUAUCGGCCGGCCACCCAAGGUCAGAGAUGGUGACGGCAGUCCUAGUCCGGUGAAAAGGACGCCCGUAAGGAAAUUGGGGCCCAUGGUCGUGCAGAGAGGGGCUAUUACGCCUGAGAAGCAAGCUCGUUUACAAGCAUACACUCUCAACAGGACAGCAUCUCAAGGAGGGAGUAGGUUGUCGAACUUAUUGCAGGGAGGCAUUAAAACAUUGCCACCAAAACAACCUUCUGGAAUCAAAGUUCUCGAAAAUGUCUCGCUAAACAGCAGCACAGCCGCCAAGAUGAUGCAAAACCGCACGCUCGAUAUGUCAAAGAUGUCUGUGGUAAACACGUCAACAACAUCGACCGCAAAAACCGGUACUGCCUCCGGCAACAUUGGCAAUGUGCUGCUGUUGCCUGACGGUAAGUUGAAAACUGUGUCCGGUGGUACCGUCAAGGGGGCUACCGCUACCCCAUCUGUCGGCGGUACGCCGGUUAUACUGCCUUUCAACCCGCAACGCGGCUCGCCCAAACGUACCGCCAGCACAGCCAUCGGCCCACCGCCAGGCAACAAAUUCAUCACCGCCAAGCGCCAAUUGCUAGGCUCCAGACCACGCCCCAUAAAGAAGCCUUACCUGCCCGUGUCCAGCACCGCUACUUCCGUACCGCCCCAACAGAUCCUGCCUCCGCCCACGAAUCUUACCACCCAAGACAUUUUGGAUCUACCGAUCAUCUUCGCCGAUGACAACCAGAUUAUCCAGCCGACGAAUAUUGGGGAGGAUCUGGGUAGUACGGUUGGUACCUCGUCGACAUCGCAACCUGUUGCCGCCGCGUCUAUCGCGGCUGUUUCGACUGCCACGCCGGUAACCAUGGCGAUUGCGAAACCUGCGCUUCCGCCAGCUACCAAGGUCAUUCCAUCGACACCUUCAGGCAAAUACAUGGUGUUGAAUAGGCCUGCUAACCAAAGCAAUUUCAUAAUCACUUCGACCGGCUUGAAAAAAUCUACGACGCCUGUGACGUUUGGUAAGCCGUCACCAAAGUAUACGAAGAUUAUCCUGUCCUCGAAGAAAGUCAGUCCCGAACAAAAGCCUACUCCGACGAAGAUACAAUGUUUAUCGCCAGAUGUCACAAUUAAAAAGCUUCACCAAGAAUCUCCAAGAAAAAUGAAAAUGGCUGGACAGUCAUCGAUCGUAGAAUUGAUUGAUUUAGAGAAUGAAAUAAAAGCAACAGCAGUGCCAAAACCGAAUUUACCGCCAGGCGUUGAGAAAGCGUGUGCAGCACAGAUAAUCCACAAGAAAUUGGAAAUAGCCACUCCUAUGAAGAGGCAGUCUCCUUCUCCGUUGGAGCUCGCAGACGAUACAGAUCCGGACUAUAUUCCGCCGAAGAAUUUGAAGCUUGACUGACAAAGAACCAAAGUACUGUAUAUUACUAAAAAAUAAUUUGUUAUUUAAGAAAUGAUACUCAAUGUCGCUUAUUUAGUUUAUUAUAUAAAAAGUAUACAUAUUGUAUAAAACAUAUUCAUAAUUAUGUCAUAGACAAAUAUAUGUACAGUAAUGGUAUCACAAUUUAUGAGAAUCACUUUCAGUUGUUACCAAGUAUUUAGUUUAGUUAUGGCUGCCUUUGAGAUGUUAUUUGUAAGAUAGGUAGUUUCUUUUUGUAAAAUAGUUUAUUUUCUUAUGAACAUUUAAUGCAUCUUAUCUUGAUCACAGAAUGCAAGAAUGUGUAAAAUAGAUGAUUUAACACAA